UAAUCGGUGUAAUCGGGCGUGAGACUCGACGAUAUGAUCGUUGUGUGGCGGACGAGGAUCCGCGUUACGUUAGCAUGAGUAUCUGAGAUCGCAGAGGUUUGCCCUAGUGUCUUUUACUCUCUUUCUCCUCGAGAUUUCGCGAUCGCGAGAUCGCACGCGCGCGCACGAGAGAAUGAGCCUCAGCCUGACGAAGCUGUUCUCGAAGAAGAGGAGCGGUCACGCCGUCGACACCGUCGCCGCGGAGAUCGGCCCGCCUACCAACGUCUCGCACGAGUUCCACGUGAGCAAGAAUGCGGAGACCGGACAGCUGGAGGGCCUGCCGGACCCGUGGAUACGCCUGCUCAACACGCAGAUCUCCAAGUCGGAGCAGGACGAGCACCCGGACGCCGCGUUGCAGGCCAUCAAGUUCUACAACUACUCGAUCAAGCGCAAGCCGCAGGACCAGGAGGUAUUCAAGCCGUUCGUCACGCAGGACCUGAUCGAGGAGGAGUCGCAGGAGAUCGACAACAUCCUGACGAAGAAGUACCAGUCGGACGGAUCCGACGACGAUCGCCUGACAUCCGAGAGCUCGACGGACGAGCGGACGUCGUUGCCCAAGCUGCCGCCGAAGGUGAACAAGCCGCCAAAACCGCCGAAACCGCCGAAACCACCGAAGCCGCCAAAGCCGGCGCCGCGCAGGUGCCACGACAGGGUGGAGAAGACCCUCACCGAGAUCCUCGAGGAUCUGAACACGUAUCGGAUCAGCGACGGUGAGGACUAUCCGCCGCGUGAAGAGGAGGAGGAGGAGGAGGAAGAGGAGAACGUUGCGCCGAGUAGAAUAGAGGAGAGUCCCAUCCUGCGAAGGAAGACCGAGUGCACCGAUGUGAGACUCAGUGACGAACAGGUAUACGAGGAGCUCCGGGCUAUCUGCCAGCGCGGGGAUCCCAACUUGCGCUUCGAAAGAACUAAGGAGGUAGGCGCCGGUGCCUCCGGAACUGUGUUCAUAGCCACCGAUCUUCAAUACGGUCAGAAAGUAGCCAUUAAGGACAUAGACUUGUCGAAGCAGCCAAAGAAAGAGUUGAUAUUAACAGAGAUCAAGAUUCUCAAGCAGUUUCAGCAUCCAAAUCUGGUCAAUUUCCUUGACGCUUACCUGGUGGACGAGCAUCUUUGGGUGGUGAUGGAGCUGCUGGAGGGCGGGCCACUCACCGACGUGGUUACCGAGACUGUGAUGAAGGAGAUCCAGAUUGCUGCCGUCUGCAGAGAGGUCCUCAAAGCGAUAAGCUUCCUGCACACCAGGGGCAUCAUUCACCGGGACAUCAAGUCGGACAAUGUGCUGUUGGGGAUGAACGGUACGGUGAAGGUUACGGACUUUGGUUUUUGCGCGAAUAUCGACGGUGACGAGAAACGACAGACUAUGGUCGGUACUCCGUACUGGAUGGCGCCGGAAGUGGUAACGAGAAAACAGUACGGCAAGAAAGUGGACAUCUGGUCGCUAGGUAUAAUGGCCAUCGAGAUGAUAGAGGGAGAGCCGCCUUACAUGAAGGAAACACCGUUGAGAGCGUUAUACUUGAUCGCUGCCAUUGGUAAACCAUCCAUUCCGAGGUGGGACAGCCUCAGUCCGACGUUCCAGAACUUCUUAGAGAGAUGCCUCGCCGUAGAAGUCGACGAGAGAGCGACCGCCGACGAGUUGCUCUCUCAUCCAUUCCUGGAAAACUGUGCGGAAUUAUCUACUCUCACCCCGUUGAUCCGUGCGGCGCAGAGAAUUCUCCACAAAGUGUUUCACUAAAUACUUUUUAAAACAAUUUUAUACCGUAACAUUCAUGAUACGCCGGUUUCACGACACUUCAUUGCUGCUUAGGGAUGAAAAGAAGAUACUUCUGUAAUUGAAAGCAUCAAAAGAAUUUCGUAAUUAUUACUGCGUAUACACACAUUCGAUUUUAAUAUCUUAAACUUAUUAUUUGACUGCCCUCCGUCUUUAUUCCACUAUGCUGGUUUACAUAUGUACGAAACCAAAGCAUAGUAAUGACGCUUGAUAGUCAUUUUAAGAUUUUAUUCAAAUCGUUGUUGAAAAAGAACCUAAAUAGUUAUUUUUAUGCUACUUAAUUAUGUCAGGAUUAUUAUUAUUGCAAGAUGGUAUCGUGUAGAAAUUAUUGGUGGAAAUAUUCAAGCAAAUUUGUCAACUUUUAAAAGAAGCUAUCUACUCUGUUACGUGCAAUAUGAUCAAUUAGGAUUUUACUCAGGUAUAUUUCCGCUCAAUGACUAUGUAGAUGGGCAUUUUGCCAACUCAAGUUCAGUAUUUACCGGAACAAUAAAGUUUUAGCUGUAAAUAAUUGUGGACAGAAUACAUUUUUAUAUGCUGUUUUUGAAGAAUGAGUGGAAUACAUACAAUAUUUUGAAAUAUUGUUCUUUUAAUACCAGUUAUAAAACGAUCAUAAUGCAGAAUUUCAUAAUUAUUCUUCUUAAAAACUGUACUUAGAUCACUGUACAGAAGCAUCAAGAUACAAGAAAGACAAUAGCGGAAUCAAGUAUAUAAUCUCUGAUAACAAUGAGAGCCCAUCAAAUUUGAAGCUCUUAACUCUUUCCAAGAAAACUGGAUAAGGCACAUGAUAAUAUAAAUAAUAAGAUAAGUUAUUUGACUAUCUAAGUUUUUUGAAUUUAUAACU